CCAAUGUCCCCGGGCGGCCCGCCGAGGGGCGGACACAAGGCGUACUAUAAGAGCUGCUGCGGCGCACGCAGGGGCACUGCGGAGCCUAGGGGCGGCGGCGGCGGCGGCGAAGCAGGAUGGAGAUCCCCGUGCCUGUGCAGCCGUCUUGGCUGCGCCGCGCUUCGGCCCCGUUGCCCGGGCUUUCGGCGCCUGGGCGCCUCUUCGACCAGCGCUUCGGCGAGGGGCUGCUGGAGGCCGAGCUGGCUGCGCUCUGCCCCGCCUCACUGGCCCCCUACUACCUGCGCGCACCCAGCGUGGCGCUGCCUACCGCCCAGGUCCCGACGGAGCCUGGGCAUUUCUCAGUGCUGCUGGAUGUGAAGCACUUCUCCCCGGAGGAAAUCGCCGUCAAGGUGGUUGGCGACCACGUGGAGGUGCAUGCGCGCCACGAGGAGCGCCCGGAUGAGCAUGGAUACAUCGCGCGUGAAUUCCACCGCCGCUACAAAUUGCCGGCUGGCGUUGACCCUGCCGCCGUGACGUCCGCGCUGUCCCCUGAGGGCGUCCUGUCCAUCCAGGCCGCACCCACAACGCCCCAGGCCCCACUGCCGCAGCCGCAGGCUGCUGCCAAGUAGGCGUCAUGCCUGGAUCCCGGGAGCCGCCUCAGGCCCCCUCUUUUAAAGCCGACCUGACUCCGCCCAGCCAGAUGUCCCAAGCGCGCCAAAACCACCCACCCAGUCUGGGAUCCUACCCUGACCCUGACCCUUCCCCACAUAGACCCUGCCCUGGUAACGUAGAUCAUUCCACCGACACUCCCAUUCUCACACCCCCUCCAGUUUUCAAACUCCUGACAUCUCCUAGAUUCCCUGCCCUGGGGUACAACCUACAGCCUGUAGUCUCCUGGCCCCACUUUCUUGGCAUGUAAACCCUCUCAGAACUCCCUCCUCUGCUUCCUUCUGACUCAUCUAUUAAAACAUCUCCACAUCACAGCAUUUUAAUCCUCUUCCCUCUCCAACACUGGAUUAUGGUGUGGCUAGCCCUGCCCCCACCCCAGGCCAGUCAAGCAUAAUCCCCCUCCACCCCUUGAAUAUCCAGACCAUCCAAGGCCUGGGCCUUGAGAUUCUGGAUCCUUCCCCUCAUUCCAACUGGACAAUCUACUCUCCCCACCCAUCUUGUGACUUAAACCCCCAGCCAGCGCCCCCUCCCAGACUCUUAAACCCCUUUUCUGACCCCCACCUCACCCUUGGACACCUAUUUCAGGCCCAGUAGGACCCUCAACCUCAGACUGCACAGAUACCCUAAGCCCCAUUCCCAACUCUAACCAGAACCACCCCCUCCACCCAGUCAUUCUGUCUUAAUUCCCAAAUCAGCCACACAGCACACGUAAUCCACCUUUCACAUGCCCCACCCCCCCAUUUUCCAAGAUCCAACCAGGCAGCCACUUUUGCUUUGGUAUCCCACAAUCCUUCUCCCUCCUUGAAUUUCCUGUCACCCUUAACCAUUCCCCUCAAUAAACGUGCUACAGCUAC